GGCGUGCAAGGCUCGUACAUUUACCUUGGAAGCGUCCUCUUGACCAAUUUGAACCUUCAUUUGGAAAGUUUUAUAGUCUGUGACAAAUUACUGGAAUUUAUCCAAGCCAAGGGUUUUCAAACAUGAAUGCUUCAAGUGAAAGGUUUUUUGAAUGUCCUUCCUGUGACAAGAGAUUUGCAUCACAAGCAAAGCAAAAGCAACAUUUAAUUACGCACACUGGGGAAAGGCCUUUCAGCUGUUCUUUCUGUGACAAGACUUUUCAACAUUCUUGGACCCUUAAGCAACAUGAAGCAAUACAUGGCAACAAGAAGCCCCACAAGUGUACGAUGUGUGAUAAGAGUUUCUACACUGCUUUUAAAUUAAAGAUGCACCUUCGAGUGCAUAGUGAUGAGAGGCCAUACAUUUGUAACCAGUGUGACAAGAGCUUCCGUUGGUGGAAUUCAUGGAAAGUACAUCAAAAAUGGCAUGACGGGUUGAAGCCUCACAAAUGUUCAUCAUGUGACUACAAAACUUUGUAUAAAUCACAUCUUGUGGAACACAGAAGACUUCAUACUGGUGAGAAGCCUCACAAAUGUUCUCACUGUGAUAAAGAGUUCCGCACCAAAGCAUCACUUCUCUUUCAUAUAAGAAUACAUAGUGGUGAAAAGCCUUACAGUUGUCCUCACUGCGAACGACGAUUUUCUCAAUGGUCAACACUAAGAGGUCACAUUAGUACACAUACUGGUGAGAAGUUAUAUCAAUGCUCAAUUUGUGAUAAGGAAUUCAAAAGCAAAAAAUGUGCUUAUAAACACUAUGCUGUAGUGCACAAGAAUGAGAUAUCUAGCUCUGGGAAAAGCUACAGCUGUAGUCAGUGUAAAAAGGUUUUCAUUGACUUGGCUGGUGUUGAAACUACAAUCCGACCUACUGAACCUGUACAGCAAUCUGAUGCUGGUGAAAACUUUGGACUAGUAUCAGAUUCCAGUCAUGCAAAUGUGUCAAGCACUGGUGUGAAGUAUUUUAAAUGUGAUGUUUGUAGCACAUGGAACAACUCAAAUCAGGUUGGUCUAAAGUUGUCUCAUCACUCAUCACACCCUAAAAUCAAAGUGAAGAAAAGGCAGUUUUCUGAAAAGACCUUUAAGGGUGAAGAAUUUUCUGGACAAUCAUCAGCUGACAAACCAUCAUUUCUCCCUAACAAGAAGGAUUUCAGUAACAAGUGUUCUAAACAACCAAAAGUUGUAAGGACUCAGAUUUCGCUGAAUAAUGAAAAACAGAAAAUUAAUUGUCAUAUUUGUAACAAGCAGUUCAAGAAGGAGAGUCUUCUCGUAAGCCACUUGAAAACACACACAUGUGGCAAGUGUGGUGACGUGUUUGAAAAUGAGGACAAUUUAAGGAUGCACAGGAAAACCCACAGGGAUGAAAAAUGCUUUAAGUGCGAUUUUUGUGAGAAGAAGUUUAAGGAUAAAGGACAUUGUAAUAGACACAUGUGGAUCCACGCUGAAAGCAAACCUCAUAACUGCUCUGAGUGCAGAAAGUCUUUUGCUGAUAUAAGUCAACUGCAGAGGCAUAAAAAAUGUCACCUAGAGAAACGUUUUCAUUGCAACGAUUGUGGUAAGUGGUACAGAUGGGAAUUCUACUUUAAAAAACAUAGAUGUAAGAAAAGAAAGGAAGGUCAGAACUCUUUCAUGUGUGACAAUUGUGGUAAAUCUUUUGAUAAAGCGGCUUCUCUUAAAACUCACAAAAGUUCUCCAUGUCAAAAGCAGCUAAAAGUUGAUACAAGUGCCCUUAGUGUUGAGGUGGUUACCUUGGUUUAAGUGAAUUUAUUACACAAGAUAGUGAAUAAAAAAAGUUAACGUUUUAUUAACACUUUUUGUUACAAGGAAAUUGUGAAAUUAAGGGUCUACAUAAUAAUGAUAAGUAAUUUUAGCAAAUGUUAAGAAAAAGAAAUACGCAAUUUUAAUUGAUUCAAUGUUUCGAUGUAGCAGCUUACAUCAUAGAAAUUUUCAGUUUCAGAUUUGCAUAACCCAUGCUGUUGUACAAUACUUAAGGAUUUUUGAUUGAAGGGAAUUCAUUUGACCAAUUAAAUUCUUAAGAAUGGCCAGCAUCUAAUUCCUCCUUACAGUAAAACUUAAUCAUACAUUAAGACCAUUAGAACAAGGGAAACGAUCUCCAACCUAAGAAGCUGGGAUAGCGAAACAAAUUCUCUUUGUCAAUACAAAAGAAAAUGUAUAUAAAAGGGUAUGAAGAAUAUGGCCACUAAUGUUAGACUGUGAAGUGUUCAAUGAACUGUUU